AUGCAAAGCCCUGACGGCGUGAGGCAGCACUUCAGCCUGGACGUCAACCGCGUGACCUAUGUCCCCACCCGCACCGCCACCACCGCCUGCGUCGACUCGCGCCACGAGUACCCCGUCAUCGGCACCCCCGGCGGUGACAUCGCCGAGUUCAUCGGCGGCUUCGCUGUCUACCUCAACCUCACUGGCCAGACCCUCACCCAGGAGCUGGCUGACACCGUGCUUGCUGCCUACAUCAAGGGCCAGUUCAGCGCCAAGAAGCGCUUCUACUACCACACCAGCGACGAGAAGCUGCUCAAGGUCUUCUCUACCAUCAAGGCUGCCGGCUUGGGGUCCCCCGUCGCGUUCCCCGACCAGGAGCCCUCCAGCCCCGUGGAGCAGGAGGCUUGGCUCGCUGCCCUUUCCAAGGGCGAGAACCAGGGCUGCGGCCACAUGCGUCUCAUGAUCGACAACUUUGCCGACUACGGUUUCACCUCCGACGCCCUGCCCAAGGCUGUUGUGAAGGCGUUCUUCCACUACUGGUGGGGCACCCCCAUCGAGGACAAGGUCCGGAAGACUGUCAACUACGCCAUCCUGCAGGGCCCCCUUAUCGGCAAGGCUGUGGCCAUUGUUGGCAACCAGGGCGCCUGCCCCACGCGUGUUCCUGCCAUCUCCAGCAGCGCGGGCGCUUCCCAGCUCUUCGUGUACCACGCUGAUGCAAUUGACACCAUCCGCAAGAACACAAUGACGACCUGGUUUGUCAACUACGCCCGCAAGAACGCCCCCACGCCGCUGGACCCCACAGCCUUCUACAACGGCGUCAAGGCGCUCCAGGCGCAGCACCUCGGCGCCACCCUGCGGCUGCUGUCGCCGGUCAACAACCUCAACAUCUACGGCGUCUCCCUUACCACCGCCAACUAA